ACCAAAGCUGCUGCCAUGUCGGACUAGUUGCCGUGUAAAUGUGUGUUUGGAGUGUGUGUGCGGCGUGUGGUGUGCAGGGGGGGGGCUCCACUCUGAGGCAACAUUGUGGAUAUGAGGCCGCGUUGCACGUUUGUACGCCCCUGCAGCUCGCUCCAAGUCAGAUAGCUACAGCUACUUCUCUUCUUCUUCUUCUUCCUGCCUCUCUUUCCGCUGCACUCCUUUAAGGACACCACCCUCUCAACACCUCUCUUCCAUCCAUCCAUCCAUCCAUCCCUCAAUCAUCCACCCAACCUUCGCCCUCAGGGUCAUUCAUUAACUCCGCUUUUGUUUUGUUUUGUUUUUUUGCAAAGAAAAGUACAAGGGACCGAAAACGUUUUCGAUGUAUAUGUUUGGUCUUCGACAAACCAUCCAUUCAAGAGUGAACCCGCAGCGCUGAAGUGGUUCCCUCCUCCUUCCACCCUUCUCCUCCUCCUCCUCCUCUUCCUCCUCCUUCGUCGCCGUCCCUUAAUCCGCGGGGUUCGGACGCGCGCGCAUUGACUGCAUUUUUUCGAGCGAGACCAUGGCCACGAACGGGACCAAAUCCUCGGACGGCCACGUCCUGACGGAGACGGUGAGCGAGGCGCCGACCAGCACCCCCAACGACAAGCCCAAGACGCUGGUGGUGAAGGUGCAGAAGAGCAAGAAGGACAUACCCGAGCGGGAGACGUGGGGCGGCAAAUUUGAUUUUCUGCUCUCGUGUGUGGGAUACGCCAUCGGACUCGGGAAUGUGUGGAGAUUUCCUUAUUUGUGCGGGAAGAACGGAGGAGGAGCCUUCUUGAUCCCCUACUUUUUGACCUUGAUAUUUGCUGGCAUGCCCCUCUUCUUUCUGGAGACGGCCCUGGGUCAGUACACCUCCAUUGGGGGGCUCGGAGUGUGGAAGCUGGCACCCAUGUUCAAAGGCGUUGGUCUGGCUGCUGCUGUCCUCUCCUUCUGGCUUAAUAUUUAUUACAUUGUCAUCAUCUCCUGGGCUAUAUACUAUCUCUACAAUUCCUUCACCUCUGAUCUACCGUGGCAGACUUGCGGUAAUUCCUGGAACACGGAGCGCUGCUAUACCAACUACAGCAUCCCGGACACCAGGAACCUUACCAGUGCUGUGCAAGAGUUCUGGGAACGCAACAUGCACCAGCUGACCGACGGCCUGGAGAAACCCGGCGAGGUCAGGAUCCCACUGGCCAUCACCCUUGCCAUUGCCUGGGUGCUGGUCUAUUUCUGCAUCUGGAAGGGGGUCAGCUGGACCGGCAAAGUGGUCUACUUUUCUGCCACGUACCCGUACUUCAUGCUCUUCAUCCUGUUCUGUCGCGGCGUCACUUUGCCCGGAGCCAUCGAUGGAAUCGUCUUCUACAUCACGCCAGACUUUGAAAAACUGAAGCAAUCUGAGGUUUGGCUGGAUGCUGCGACUCAGAUCUUCUUUUCCUACGGACUGGGACUAGGCUCUCUGAUCGCGCUGGGCAGCUACAACCCCUUCAACAACAACGUGUACAGAGACUCGGUCAUUGUCUGCUGCAUCAACUCCUUCACCAGCAUGUUCGCCGGCUUUGUCAUCUUCUCCAUUGUGGGCUUCAUGGCCAACGUGACAAAGAGGCCCAUCGCUGAUGUGGCUGCUUCAGGGCCCGGCUUGGCGUUUUUGGCUUACCCCGAGGCCGUCACCCAGCUGCCCAUCUCUCCCCUGUGGGCCAUCCUCUUCUUCUCCAUGCUGCUGAUGCUGGGAAUCGACAGCCAGUUCUGCACCGUGGAAGGCUUCAUCACGGCGCUGGUGGACGAGUUCCCUCAUAUUCUCAGAAAGCGGCGAGAGAUCUUCAUUGCGAUCGUCUGCCUUGUGUCGUACAUCAUUGGGCUGUCCAACAUCACCCAGGGCGGCCUGUACGUCUUUAAGCUCUUUGACUACUACUCAGCCAGCGGGAUGUGUCUGCUUUUCCUCGUCUUCUUUGAAUGCGUCUCCAUUUCGUGGUUCUAUGGCGUGAACAAGUUCUAUGACAACAUCGAGGAGAUGAUCGGCCACAGGCCUUGUAUGUGGUGGAAGGCCUGCUGGUGCGUUUUCACGCCGCUCAUUGUGGCCGGGGUGUUCCUGUUCAGCGCCGUGCAGAUGGUCCCCCUCACCAUGGGCGACUACGUGUUCCCAGCCUGGGGCCAGGGCGUCGGGUGGUUGAUGGCCCUCUCCUCCAUGAUCCUCAUCCCUGGCUACAUGGGAUACAUGUUUCUCACUCUCAAAGGCACUUACAAAGAGCGUCUGAGGAUGAUGAUCAAACCGGUGGUCUUGGUGAAGGCUCAGGAAAACGGGCCCGACCAGCAGGCCGAAGCACAGAACCAGAACCCCGCAGCCACUGAGGAGGCCUACAUCUAGAACCUUCUGAGUGUGUCUCCCCGUCUCAGCGGCCAGUCGGGCGUGAGCGCUCACGCCGACGAGAAGCGUAAAUCAAGGUUGGGAACGACCACCAGGCGUCCACGUCUGCUUUCAUUCACCUACCUCCUGGGGACACGUGAGACCAACCCGAUCACAUUUAUUAUUCUCAUUAUUACUAGGUCCGUUUAUUCUUUCCGUUUGUCAUACAGACUUCUAACGGUGUGUGAGGAAACUUCCCAGCCAUGUGUUGUGUGAUUUAUGCAAAAAGAGAAAUAUGAAAAUAUAUCUUUUCAAUUCACAGUCCUUUGUUGAUUCAAUAGUAUUGAAGCUACGAUUACUGUACAAAUAUGAAUAAAUGCUUGUACAUGAAGUAAAUACAUGACAUAAAUGCAGGAAUGUUUAAACAGGUGACGUUUAAGUGUCAAAUAUGAAUCAUUUUUAGUUUAUCCCCACAUCUAGGGGCUACAGUCGUGGUCAAAAGUUUACAUACACUUGUAAAGAACAUAAUGUCAUGGCUGUCUUGAGUUUCCAAUCAUUUCUACAACUCUUAAUUUGUUGUGAUAGAGUGAUUGGAGCACAUACUUGUUGGUCACAAAAAACAUUCAUGAAGUUUGGUUAUUUUAUGAAUUUAUUGAGAAUGUGACCAAAUCUGCAAAAGUCAAAAGUAUACAUACAGCAUUGUUAAUAUUUGGUUAAAUUUUUUUGGGCAAAUGAUCAUUAAGUUUGAAUUUAAUGACAGCAACGCAUUGCAAAAAAGUUGGCACAGGGGCAUUUUUACCACUGUGUUACAUGGCCUUUCCUUUUAACAACACUCGGUAAACACUUGGGAACUGAGGAGACCAAUUUUUGAAGCUUUUCAGGUGGAAUUCUUUCCCAUUUUUGCUUGAUGUACAGCUGAAGUUGUUCAACAGUCCGGGGUCUCCGUUGUCGUAUUUUGGCAAGUUUCACUGCAAUAAGACGCUUUUGGUAGCCAUCCACAAGCUCUCACAAGAUUAUUUCUGACCACAGAACUUUCCUCCAGAAGGUCUUAUCUUUGUCCAUCGAAUGUCAAAUGAAACAAAAAUUUGAGCUGUUUGGCCACAAUACCCAGCAAUAUGUUUGGAGGAGAAAAGGUGAGCUCUUUAAUCCCAGGAACACCAUAACUACCGUCAAGCAUGGUGGUGGUAGUAUUAUGCUCUGGGCCUGUUUUGCUGCCAAUGGAACUGGUGCUUUACAGAGAGUAAAUGGGACAAUGAAAAAGGAGGAUUACCUCCAAAUUCUUCAGGACAACCUAAAAUCAUCAGCCCGGAGGUUGGGUCUUGGGCGCAGUUGGGUGUUCCAACAGGACAAUGACCCCAAACACACGUCAAAAGUGGAAAAGGAAUGGUUAAAUCAGGCUAGAAUUAAGGUUUUAGAAUGGCCUUCCCGAAGUCCUGACUUAAACGUGUGGACAAUGCUAAAGAAACAAGUCCAUGUCAGAAAACCAACACAUUUAACUGAACUGCACUAAUUUUGUCAAGAGGAGUGGUCACAAAUUCAAGCAGAAGCUUGUGGAUGGCUACCAAAAGCGCCUUAUUGCAGUGAAACUUGCCAAAGGACAUGUAACCAAAUAUUAACAUUGCUGUAUGUAUACUUUUGACCCAGCAGAUUUGCUCACAUUUUCAGUAAACCCAUAAUAAAUUCAUAAAAAAAAAAAAAUCAUGAAUGUCUUUUGUGACCAACAAGUAUGUGCUCCAAUCACUCUAUCACAAAAAAAUAAGAGUUGUAGAAAUGAUUGGAAACUCAAGACAGCCAUGACAUUAUGUUCUUUACAAGUGUAUUUAAACUUUUGACCACGACUGUAUAUCUUUUGAAAAGCACAAGUGCAGUCUGACAAGUUUGUUUGAAAGCUGUGAGAACGGAAAAAAAAAACGAAAAAAAAAAAACUAUAAAUAAUAUAUUUAAAAAAAUAACUACUUCAGUAGGAUAUGUAGCAAAAGACUGCCAUAACUGUUGGCAGUUUGUGUUGUCCCCCCCCCCCCCCCCCCCCCCCCGAAGAACAAUAACAUGUACAGUGUGUCGUCAGAAUCUUCUUUUUGUAGAAAUAACUUUUGAGAUAGUUUUUGUAUUAUAUUCGAUCGAUUUUAAAGAGAAAGGACCAAACCGCACAGGCACCGACGUGAGAAUAUCCGGUGCAGGAGUAGACGAGCAGAGCACAGGAAGUCCGUUUUACAAGCACAACGUGGUGUCAAAGUAACCAACUUUUGAAUGGUGUAGCCACUACAUCCCACUGUGACAACAAUGAAACUCCUUUUGGGCAUCCAAUAUUUCAUGUAUAAUACAUAAAUAUCAUAUUUAGGAACCCACUCCUCAGGAACAAAAAGGUAGAUGUGACCAAAUGCUGUCGGAUACUGUUAUGAUACGCUUAAAACCAGUUCAUGUUAUGUAUCGUGUAUUUCCUCAUAUAGUGACUAAAGAUGGCGUCUAUUAUGGAAAAAAAAACUUGCAUAAAAAAUUAUGCUUGAUUAUAUAUAAUGCAGUAUAUAUUAUGUUGCACGGCAAGGGGUAAAGGGGUUAAAAUCAAAAUAAAAUGGAGAAAAUGCAAACACAACAUUGCGGGGUGACAACUCGUCACAAUAUUGGAUCACUAGUUUCCUGAAAACGACAUCGUAUUAUCAUCUUUAAUAAUAAUACGUAGUGGUUUUACUUGCGGUUUUAUUGCACAGUGGUUAAACUAAUGCUACACAUGCACGACUACUGCAUCCAUCUAUCAUUUAAAGGUGUAGUAGUUCUACUUGAUUAGUUGCAGUGUAACAUUAACUUUAUCAUUAUAAAACUAAAAGUAAAGCUACCAUAUUUUGCGGAGUAUAAGUCGCACCUGCCGAAAAUGCAUAAUAAAGAAGGAAAAAAACAUAUAUAAGUCGCACUGGAGCCCGGCCAAACUAUGAAAAAAACUGCGACUUAUAGUCCGAAAAAUACGGUACUUAGUAUUUGAAUGAUAGAUUGUCGGAUGGAUGUCAUAAAAGUGCAUUACUGUACAAUACAAUUUAAAAAAAAGUACGACUGUUCUACCUUUGAGUGAUAUAUAAAUAGAUUUUCUAAGAUAACAUAAUGAUACACUCAUAAAAAAACAUUUACAGUAUAUCUACUGUAUUUCCUCAUAUAGUGACUGAAGACGGCGUCAAUUAUGGAAAAAAAAAUGUUUAGAAUAUUAGUAAAUUAUAUACUUGCUUGAGAUAUAUAUAUAUAUAUAUAUAUAUAUAUAUAUAUAUAAAUAUAUAUAUAUAUAUAUAUAUAUAUGUAUAUAUUGCAGUAUAUAUUACAUUGCACGGCAAGUGGUAGUGGAGUUAUAAUCUAAAUAAAAUGGAGAAAUGCGAGGUAGAACUAUCAACCCGCCGCACAACAUUGUGGGGUGACCACUUGUCACUAUAUUGGAUCACCAGUUUCCUGAAAACGACAUCGUAUUAUCAUCUUUAAUAAUAAUACGCAGUGGUUUUAUUGCACAGUGGUUAAACUAAUGCUACACAUGCAUGACUACUGCAUCCAUCUAUCAUUUAAAGGUGUAGUAGUUCUACUUGUUUAGUUGCAGUGUAACAUUAACUUUAUCAUUAUAAAACUAAAAGUAAAGCUACUUAGUAUUUGAAUGAUAGAUUGUCGGAUGGAUGUCAUAAAAGUGUAUUACUGUACAAUACAAUUAAAAAAAGUAUGACUGUUCUACCUUUGAGUGAUACAUAAAUGGAUAUGCUCGGAUACCAUAAUGAUACACUCAUAAAAAACAUUUAUAUCUACUGUAUUUCCUCAUAUAGUGACUGAAAAUGGCAUCUAUUAUGGAAAAAAAAAUGUUUAGAAUAUUAGUAAACUAUAUAUUUGCAUAAAAAAUCAUGCUUGGUAUAUAUAAUAGGGUAUAUAUUAUGUUGCACGGCAAGUAGUAAUGGAGUUAAAAUAAAAAUAAAAAUGUGAGGUAGAACUAUCAACCCGCCACACAACAUUGUGGGGUGACCACUUGUCACUAUAUUGGAUCACCAGUUUCCUGAAAACGACAUCGUAUUAUCAUCUUUACUAAUAAAAGAGGGAGUGGUUUUACUUUUGGUUUUAUUGCACAGUGGUGCUACACAUGCAUGACUACUGUAUCCAUCUAUCAUUUAAAGGUGUAGUAGUUGUACUUGUUUAGUUGUGUGAAUGCUCCAAAAGCAUUCACACAAAAUUAAUCUAUUUAUUCUUAUUAUUAUUAUUAUUCUCCAGAUUUUGGUGCGCUCUACCUUCCACAUUUUUCAUCCGAUUCAUACCGUUCCAGCUUCAAACUGAUUUCCCAGAAUUCCAGGUUUUCCGGGACAUUUUUCCCAUUCAAAAUGAAUUUGGGCAUUUUUCAAACUUUCACCAUUUCCACAUUUUUCCACUUAUUCAAACCAUUCCACUUCAACACAUUCCACCAUUCUGGAAAUUCAAACUAUAAUUUUUCCAAAUUAAAUUUUUUUCCAGGAUUUUACAGAAUUACUGCUUUUCCAAAGCCCUAUUUCCACCCUUUUUCCUGGCGAUUACAUCUUCAACAAUUUUCUACGCAUUUCAACCGUUCUGCCGUCAAAACAUUCCUCCUAAACAGGACAACAAACAAAGUGUUUUUUUGAACUGGAAAAAUCCCCGGUUUUCCCGAAAUUCCAGGAAUUCCGUAAUACCAUUUCUCAAUUCAACAUGUUACUACAUUUCAACAUUCAACAUUUCUCGACCGAUUUGAAGAAUUCCAACGCCAACCAUUUCAAAUCAUUCAGACCAUUCAAGUUUUUUUUGCCAUUUUCCAAAAAAUUCCCGCUUGUCCCGAAAUUCCCAUUGAAAACUAUGGGACAUUCUUCAAAGUUCCACAAUUCCUACAUUUUUCAUCUGAUUCAAACUGUUCCAACUUCAAAAAUAUCCAGCCUGUUCAGGAAUUGUGUGCUCUACUUCAACAAUUAAAAAAAAAAUUCCCGGAUUUCCCAUUUUUUGCAUUUUCCCCAUUCACCACAAAUUCGCCAUUUUUCAAACUUCCACAAUUCCCACAUUCUUCAACCAAUUCAAACCAUUCCACAUUCAACUCAUCCUGGACAUUCAAACUACCAUUUUUGCACAUUCAACAAAUUUCCAGGAAUUCCCGUUUUUUUGGUAAAGUUCGACUACUCCUUUCACAUUUGUCAACCCAUCUCAACCGUUCCAUCGUCAAAACACUCCUCAUAUUCAGGACAUAAAACCAGGUUGCUUAAGGAACUAGAAAAAAUCCCGGUUUUCCUGAAAUUCCAGGAAUUUCUCAAUUAAAUCUGUUACUAAUUCAACAUUUAUUGACCGAUUGAAACAAUUCCAACACCGAGCAAUUCAGCUCAUUCAGGACAUUCAUGCUCCCAAGCAUUUUCAAAAAAAUCCCGCUUCUUCCAAAAUUCCCAAAUUUCCAGGAAGUUCCCAUUAUACAACAAAACUAAAAGUAAAGCUACUUAGUAUUUGAAUGAUAGAUUGUUGGAUGGAUGUCAUAAAAGUGUAUUACUGUACAAUACAACAAAAAAAGUACAACUGUUCUGAGUGAUAGAUGAAUAGAUGUUCUCGGAUACCAUAAUGAUACACUCAUAAAAACCUUUAAUAUCUACUGUAGUUUCUCAUAUAGUGACAGCAAAUGGCGUUUAGUAGAAAACAAACCUAACGAAUAAUAGUUGAUGUACAGUAAAUACUUGUUUGACAUAAUAUAUAUCAACUGAAAAUUGAGUUUAAAAAAAAAUUAAAAAAAAUGAGAUGGUGCAUGGACGCACACAACAUUAUGGAGUGACCACUUAUCAGUCAACCCAGAGUCUAUUUAUGUUAUUGUUUUGCUUGGCAACAAUUAUGAAAUGAAGUAAAUAUAGUUGCAAACAGUUAUUUUUUCCCUAAGGUGGAGUUUAUUUGUCCAAAAUGGACGACGCACCCGAUGUUGUUGGUUUUUUUUUGGUAGGAGCGGCCGCGCCACUAUUUGAGGAAGUACCAUGAACAAAUUUACGGGGGAAAAAAAACCUGACAUGCUAACUCACAACAAAUCCAAUUCUUGAGUGUGUGCGUGUUGAUUUUGUUUGCAUGUCAUUUCUUUGAGUUAAUAUUAAAUAAACUGUAAUGGAAAUGUGCUCAUUAUAAAUACCGGUGUCGACUCCCUUUCACCGGAUAAAAUGAAAACCUAUGAUUACAUAUCAAGUUUGCUAGGAAAUAUGAAGCAAAGCUGUAACGUUUGUGAGAGAUUGCAGGUUUGAAAAUAAAUAAUACGAAUCACUUUUGUGGCAGCUACGUGCGACAGGAAUCAGGUUGAAUCCUCUCGUUGAGUCUCUUUUAUUUAUGUAUUUUUUCGUCAAAGUAUGUAAAUGAAAACGCGUGACGAUAACAACAAAAAAGGAUUCGGUGCAUUUUGUACAAAGUUAGCAUACUGCAGUUUUCUCUCUCUCUUGAACAAUGUUGUAAACUGAACUGUGUAAUACAUGUAUUUGUGAGUGUCGGUUUUUUUUUCUUUUAUUUUGUCUACAUGUGGAAGAAAAUGAAAAAAAAAAAGAAAAAUAACAAAAGGUAUUUACUGUUUUUCCCGCAAUAAGAUUAUCAUCUGGGAAACUAAAGCACAUCUCUUUCCUGCUGUAAAAAGGAUCAUAACAGAAUAGAGUCAAAAUAAUUAUUAAUUAUAAUGCAGAUGGUAAUAAUAAUAAUAAUAAUAAUGUAAUAGAAAUGUCUAGUCAGAGAAUAUUGUUUUGUAUAUUUUUAGCUGUUUCUUGGGCCUGAUGUAAGAUAUUCUAUGUAAAGAAAAUAUAAUAAAUGUCUUUAGAUGUGUUCUAUGAAAAAGCAUGAUUGCAAUAUAUGUUAUCUGCAAAAAUAAAUAAAGAUCUAUAGAUUAUA